GCAAUGCGCUAACCACUGCGCCACCGCUCCCCACUCGGGCGGUAUAGACACAGAAAGACAGACGCGCAAUGCGAAGUGACGGGGCGACUCCCCCCCACCCAAACCACCGUUGUUCGGACGUUCUCUUUGGGUCACGGAACGCCAACUUUCAUCCAAUGGUGUGCGCCCAGUGUGUUUUUUUUGUGUGUGGAUUCCGCCCCAUAGCAAGUUGCGCUUAUUUCAUUAAUUUAGACGCUUGAGCCAAAGCUCUCUCUCUCCCUCUCUCCCUUAGCCUGGCACGGAGAUGGCACCCAGGGCGAGAAUGUUCAGCACGCGGUGGCUCCUGCUGCUGCUGCUGCCGGCGGCGCUGUGCGGGCUGGUGGCCGAGAAGCAGCAUCGCCUGAGCGGCAUGAGCGGAUCGUUCACGUCGCCCGGCUACCCGACGCCGUACAAAAACCAGGUGCUCCACACCUGGCAACUGUCCGUACCGGCCGGGUACCGCUUGCGCCUGCAGUUCCAGCACUUCGAGGUGGAGCCGUCGUACCUGUGCGAGUACGACUACUUGAAGGUGAUGGCAGGCGAGCAGCAGCUGGGCUUGUUUUGCGGCCAGCACAGCACGGAUACAGAGAAGGUCCCCGGGAAGGAGCCCAUCCUGGCGCCCAGCAACACCAUGACGGUCACCUUCCGCUCCGACUACUCCAACGAGGAGCACUACACGGGGUUCGCGGGCCACUUCACCGCCGUGGACAUCGACGAGUGCGUGGAGUAUGCCGAGCACGAGGAGCUCGCCUGCAAUCACUUCUGCCACAACUACCCGGGAGGGUACCUGUGCUCCUGCCGCCACAGCUUCACCCUGGAUCCAGACGGACGCACCUGUACAGUGGAGUGCAGUGGCCUCGUGUUCACGGAGCGGCAGGGCGAACUGUCGAGCCCAGAGUACCCCAAGCCUUACCCGUGGGCCUCCCAGUGCAGCUACACGGUGCGCCUGGAGGAGGGCUUUGUGCUGAACCUUGCCUUCCAGGAGACCUUUGACCUGGAGUUGCACCCCCACAUGGACAACUGCCCCUACGACAGCCUGACCAUUCGGUCGGGCGGUCAGCAGUGGGGGCCUCUUUGUGGGAAGACUCUGCCCGACCCCAUCGAGACCAAGAGCCCCGUGGCCGAGAUCAUCUUCAUCAGCGACAAGUCUGGGGACAACAUCGGCUGGAAGAUUCACUACACCUCCAAGGGUACCCCAUGCCCCAUGGUGGUGGAACCAGCACACGGAUUCAUCGAGCCAGUUCAGGACUCUUACUCCUUUAAGGACCAGGUGGUGUUCUUCUGUAACACUGGCUAUAGGUUAAUUCAGGAGGAAGACAACGAGGUGGUGCCCUCGCUGCAGAUGGCCUGCCAAAGCGACGGCACGUGGAGCAGGAUGGCGCCCAGCUGCCGCAUCGUCGACUGCGGUCCCCCGUUGGCGCUUGACAACGGCAGAGGCACGGAAGCCGACUCCACGACGUUCCAAGCAAGCGUGGACUACGCCUGCGACGAGCCCUACUACAACCUCCGCUCCAAACGCGCCACGAAGUUCGUUUGCAAUGAGACGGGCGUGUGGAUGAACCCAGAAACGGGAGAGAAGAAGCCGUACUGUGAGCCCGUGUGCGGCCGCCCGCGCAAGCCGCUGGCCGGCGCGUCGGACCGCAACAUGGCAGGGCGCGAGCGCAUCGCGGGGGGCACCCCCGCGGCUCGUGGCGCGUGGCCGUGGAUGGCGGCGCUCUACCAGCUGAGGGGCCGCCCGUCCUGCGGAGGAUCCCUCGUUGGGGAGCGGUGGAUCGUGACGGCGGCGCACUGCCUCUUCACGCGGCACUUCGAGAAUCAGCCGACGCCGGUCUCGGCCAGCGGCAUCCACAUCAAGCUCGGCAAGCACAACACCUUGCGCCCGACGCCGGGCGAGCUGGACCUGAAGGUGGCGAACUACGUGGUGCACCCCGAGUUCGACGCGCAGACGCUGCGGAACGACAUCGCCGUGCUCGAGCUGGAGCGCAACGUGCGCGUCACCGACCUCAUCGCGCCCGUGUGCCUCCCGGACGACCGCGUCCAGACACUCACCACGCCAGGCACCAUGCUCGCUGUGACCGGGUGGGGUAAAGAGUUCCUCUCCAAAUACCCGGAAACUCUCAUGCAGACGGAAGUGCCGCUCGUGGAUAACACCACCUGCCAGGAGGCCUACAGCCAGACGGUCCCGUCCCACGUCAUCUCGGAGGACAUGCUGUGUGCCGGCUUCCACAACGGCGGGCAAGACGCCUGUCAGGGCGACUCGGGGGGGCCGCUGGUGGUGAAGGACCCGUCUGGCGAUUGGCUGCUGACCGGCGUGGUGUCGUGGGGCGAGGGCUGCGGGGCGGUGGGCGCCUACGGAGUCUAUUCGCGCGUGGAGCACGCUCUGCCCUGGAUCCUCUCCAUCAUUCAAUCUCCGUGACGACCGCCACCACCCCUCCCCCCCCCCCACCAACACCCUGCUCCCCCUUCUGGCGGCACCUCAACGCCAGGUGACCCUCCCCUCACUUCUUCAGCCGUGGCGCAGCGCCCGCCUCACCAAAUGUGUUUGGCUGCGACGUGGGGGAGGCUUGAUUCAUGCGUCGUUUAAUUCGGUGCUUCCCAGCCCAAUGUAAUUAGAACAAAAAUUCUCCCAGCAUUCAUUCAUUCGGGUCGGAUGGGCUGCAGCGCUAAUUGCAAAAGCCCACGGCCGAUCGCGGGCCCUGCUUGCACCGACACGUGGCUGGCGCUCGUCCGCAAUGCCAGCCCUGAGCCGGUCGCGGAAAUUCCACAUUUGUAUGUCAGGGACGAGUGUAGAACUUGGGUUGAACUCGCGUUCGAAUGAGCGUGGGGAGGGGUAGGAGGGGGGGGGGGGGGUCCUCAACACCGUUCAUGUCUCUGAGGCCAGUGGCGGACAUUUCGAAUUUCUCCAAUGGAGGGCUUCUCCCUCUGGAGGUUAAAACCACUGCUGUUGGAUUUUUUUUAAUUCUCAUCAAGCGGUGUUCAUCGGUGGCACGAUGGGCUAAGUCGACCCUCGCCGGGAUUCAAUACUCGUGCUAUUCGGAUGGGGCUCACCCACCGCAACACCAUGUGGCCAAAUUAAUAAUUUAAUAAACACCUCCCCUUGCAAAUAAACCCAACCCCCCCCCAUGCUCCAGCAGUUUUCCACGCUUAGCGUUCACCGAUUGCCUUCAUUCAAGGCAGUAGCAGUCACGCGCACACCGCAGCGAGCCCCGUGUUGGUGUUUGCAGAGCGGUGGAUCGUGCUGGUGUGCACAAGUAUAGGACAGUUGUGGAGAAACCCGUGGAUUAUUUCGACGAUGCUGUCCCUCUAAAGUUCGUCGGGCGAACCUCGUGCGAAUCCUGAGUUCCCCGAGUGAGGCGAUUUGCACCACUGUUUUAUUUUUUUUAAAAGCACUGCAGGUAGGCCGAGCUUAAGGGGAGAGGGGGGAAAUGCUGCAUCAGAGCACUGAAUCGGCACCACUGUGAACCUGGGUUCGAAUCCUGGCUUCAGGCACUCGUGAUUGAACCGGGUUUCUCGGGUUCGUAAGAUAAUGGUCGCAGAUCGGUCACCAGUAACUGCCCAAACUUGGGCUUAUCACUUAAUUUUAGCACGAUUAGCACGGUUUGGUUACUUACGGUACGAAAUCAUUUCAACCCACAUACAUACAAUUCGGCUUGUUCUCCCUCCCAUGAUGAUAACAAUAUAGGGUUUGAUUCAUACGCGACGGACACCAUUUUGUUAGGCCUUAUGGAAGGUGUGCCCCGAAGGGAGAUAAGAGGCCUUGUUAGGUAACUUCAAAACUAGUUCCAGGACAUCAACUUCCAGGUUCAUUUUUUUGUUUUUUACACGGGAUAGUGCACUGCUAGCUUUGAGAGUUCAGAAUGUAAAGUUUGAUUUCUUGUUCCACGCCUGCAUUGCUACGGUCGGAUUGUGACUGCGAGAAGACAAAACAGAGGGCACAGCUUCUCCUGGAGCUGUAAUUUUGUUAACAUCAUCAUGAGCCAUGAUCAAUCCGCUGCUGGAUGAAGGUCUUCCCAAGCCCUUGCCAUCUUUCAUGGUCCUACGGUGUAAUCAUCCACUCAGCACCUGCAACACGAGCUUAUUUCAACGCUCCAUCUCCCAGGCGUACGUACCUCUCCGAUGCGUUACAAUUCCAAGCUGCCACUCCGUAUUAUUAGCCAUCGGCCAUCAUCCCUUCUCGCGACGUCUCCUGCCUCACCCCGCUGACUCUUAUUAACAGUGUGAAUGAUGUCAUUAACCUGCGUACGCUCACUAAUUUACGCGUUCCUCCAAUCCGUCUCGCGAUGUAAUUCCAAGCACGCAUCUCUCUGUUAUUUUUUUCAGCCAAUUUUAAAUGUUUCUUCCACUUUAAUUAUUAUUAAUAUUUGUGUUACAUAUCCCAUUAUACCUCCGCAGAAACACACCACAUUAUGAGGUUUAACCUAAAAUAAUCACCCAAAUUGGUGAAAGGCUGUUCAUUAAUGGUUACCCACCAUCCAACUCCCCCCCAGCCAGCGUACCCAUAAUGGUCAGGAUUAACCCCGAACCCUUAGCCCUUAUUAAUUUCACAGGCUGCUUGGGCAGACGGCUCGCUCACAGGCAGGCAGGGGCACCGCACCACACUAUGGACGUGCAGUGGCCGGAAAGAGAAAACAUCACAGAGCAUCAAGGGAAUAAAAAAAAUCGAAAUCCCGCUGAACGGAAUUACGUCCGCGUGGUGGUGCUUUUAUAUGUCCUCGCUGUCCCAGUUAGAUGGGGCAUUUCAUUCAAUUCGGUGCGCUGUCCUGCGCAAUGAGUCUGGCCUUAUUAAAACCAGCCACUCCAUCCACUCCCCCCCCCACCUCCGUGUCUCCCCGCACUCUCCGAACCACUUAGGUCACCCACGGUGAGGACUCCGUCUUGCCACACCGAUCGUUUCGUCUCAUCCAUUACCGUAUUCAGCCACCACACACACACGGCAGGGCACAACAACACGCUCAUGCAGCCACUCAUCCACCCACCCACUCGCUCGCUCACCUCCUCACCCACUCGCCACGCUGCAGGUCACCUCGGUUCCCUUUCUGCUACUUCCCAUGCACUGCUUCCUACUUCGGUAUUCCUUCCUCGCAUCAACAUUUUUUUUUGGUGCGUGUUUAUCUUGUUGUCCUUCCCCUGCGCCUCCGAUUCCCGCGGGUUGGCUGCGUUCGGCGCGAAAGAAGUUCAACCUGCGUACACACACUAUCGUCACUGUCGCUUUAUCCCCGAGCUCUUACAACAAUAACCUCGGCUCAAUUCGAGGAACGCGUUAACUAACUCUUGACCUGUUACGACUCUGACAGCGCAAGUUUGUCGCUGGCCGCUUGACGCUUCGGGCGACUGUGGGUGGUAAGUUAAAUAAAAACAACCCAUGACCGCCCCGCGGCUAAUGGCCCGAGUGGUGGGCAGCGGGGGGUGCUUUGGGGUGGCCGUGCGUGCGGCCAAUACCGAAUUGGGCGGCAAGGCGGAACGCCGCGGCCGGAACGCGAGCGCCCGACACGCGCCGCGUGUGAUUCCCAUUGCGCGGCCAGUGACAUUUUUCCGACAUUUCGCUCAAACGCGGUUUUUGCGCUUGCGCCUCCACCGCCGGAGUCCAGCCUCCAAAGGCGGCCGAGUCGGCGUGACUUUCCCGAAGGCCCGAAGGGCGCUUUCGUGACAUUCCGCGACCACUGCCCCCCACCCACCCCCACCCGUCAAC